AAUAUGAUAUUGCACAAAAAACUCUUAAUAAAGAAUAUUGUGAAAUGAACAAAAGGAUCACAGAGCAUGACAAAGCUGUUACUGAAGGAUUUGCAAAGACAGAUAUUACUUUACAGAUGAUCCAUGAUUCUGAAGCAGAUGUGGAGGUUGCAAAAAUCAACUGUGAAAAAGCUAGAGAGAAAUUAGCUCAACUAAAACUGAAGUUAAGAGAGAAAGAAAAAGAGGGGAUGGCAGAAGAGGAUUUGCCUGGCAUAAAGGUGAACAUCAAGGAGUUAGACGAUGUGCUCCUCAGGGAUGUAGGCAAUAAAAUCAAAGAAUCUGGCAAGUGGCCUUUGUUGAUUGACCCCUCAUCUCAGGCGGCGACGUUCCUGAGAUACAGGGACACCAACUACUUGAAUGCCUUGAAUCCUGCACAGAUGGAACCUGAAAAAGUCAGGCUAGCAGUUCUUGGUUCAGUCAGGUACGGGAAGUCUCUUGUCCUGGACAUGAUGGAGGUAGAUAUGUUUGACACUGUAUCUGACAGAUUUGAUGAAGUACACAAAGGCCUGAUGAAUAUGAUCAUGGACAAAAGUCUACUGAAGGAUGAGGCAUACACAUGCCUGCUGAGGAAAGGUGAUCCCCAAGAAUAUGACAAGAAUAAAUUUAUAGAAAAUAGAGUGCAGAACUUCAAGUUUGUGAUUAUUACAAAGAACCCUCUUCCACCAGCUGAACUCUUAGAGAAAACAUAUGCAAUAAGAAUACACAUCAAUACCAUGUGAUACGUGCAGAAUUGUUGACUCAUUUUUUGUGAAAAAUAAGAUUUUAAUAAGGCCAGACAAAAUUUAUAAGAUGGUUUAUGAAUAUGGCCAAUCCUAAUUUUGAGGAAAUGUAAUGCACCUGACCUUCAAAUUUAACUGCUUUGCCAGUUAAACAUCAUAUUUUUUAAAAAAUAAAAAUAAGCUCUUUCUAUCGACCCUAUAUUUGUAGACUACUGUAGUUUGUGUCCUAUGUACAGAAAGUUGUCCCAGGUUAACAAAGUUUGUACAUGGCUUAAGCAUCCCUCUCUUAACAAAAGAUCAAAAUUUUAACCUGUAAGACUAAGACUGGUUUUUCAUACUUAGAUCGAUCCAUCUGGAUUGACCUAACUCCCUGGGGGUUCCCGCUAAAUUGCUAUCAGCU